GCGCUGGUCCUGCUGGGGGCUGCCCACGCCAAGGACCUGCCUCUGUCGUCUCCUCUUCCGCCGCCCAGGUCCCCCGGCAAGAACAUCCCCUAGGAUGGCGGAGGAGAGCAGCAGUGCCAGUACCAGGGACUGCGUGUCCUUCAGCGUGCUCACCUGGGAUCAGGUGAGCCGGCUGCAUGAGGUCUUGACCGAGGUCGUGCCCAUCCACGGACGAGGCAACUUUCCAACCCUGGAGAUAACUCUGAAGGACAUCGUCCAGACUGUCCGCAGCCAGCUGGAGGAGGCAGGCAUCAAAGUGCGGGACGUCCGGCUGAAUGGCUCUGCAGCUGGCCACGUCUUGGUCAAAGACAACGGCUUGGGUUGCAAAGACCUGGACCUAAUCUUUCACGUGGCUCUUCCCACAGAGGCAGAAUUUCAACUGGUCAGAGAUGUGGUUCUGUGCUCCCUUCUGAACUUCCUGCCAGAGGGUGUGAACAAGCUCAAAAUCAGUCCAGUUACCCUGAAGGAGGCUUAUGUCCAGAAGCUGGUGAAGGUCUGCACCGACACUGACCGCUGGAGCCUGAUCUCCCUCUCCAACAAGAACGGGAGGAAUGUGGAGCUGAAAUUCGUCGACUCCAUCCGGCGUCAGUUUGAGUUUAGCGUGGACUCUUUUCAAAUCAUCCUGGAUUCUUUGCUCUUUUUCUAUGACUGCUCCAGUAACCCCAUCUCUGAGCACCUCCACCCCACGGUGAUUGGGGAGAGCAUGUACGGGGACUUUGAGGAAGCCUUCGACCAUCUGCAGAACAGACUGAUCGCCACUAAGAACCCUGAGGAGAUCAGGGGCGGGGGACUGCUCAAGUACAGCAACCUUCUCGUGCGGGACUUCAGGCCCACAGACCAGGAAGAAAUCAAAACUCUGGAGCGUUACAUGUGCUCAAGGUUUUUCAUCGACUUCCCGGACAUCCUCGAGCAGCAAAGGAAGUUGGAGACCUACCUUCAAAACCACUUUGCCGAGGAAGAGAGGAGCAAGUACGACUACCUCAUGAUCCUUCGCAGGGUAGUGAAUGAGAGCACCGUGUGCCUCAUGGGGCACGAACGGAGGCAGACCCUGAACCUCAUCUCCCUCCUGGCCUUGCGUGUGCUGGCAGAACAAAACAUCAUCCCCAAUGCCACCAACGUCACCUGUUACUACCAGCCAGCUCCCUAUGUCAGUGAUGGCAACUUCAACAACUACUACAUUGCCCAUCCUCCAGUUACCUACAGCCAGCCGUACCCUACCUGGCUGCCCUGUAACUAACCUUGAGACCUGAGGGUUUCCACAGUGGGAACCCCAAUAGGGCAAGGGCUCUCAGGUAGGGGAGCCUCCUUUUAGAUGUAGGUGUUUGGCUUUUAAAGGGGAACUCAGCUCUGAUUCUGCUUUUUUUUCCUUUGUGUACCCAUUGGAUGGGUCUACAGUAUAUCAUGAGCCAACCCUGAAGGGCCCCGUUAUUCCAGUGCCACUUUGGAAAAUGCUAUGGGAAGUAUGACCUAUCCACAUCUUUCCAAGAUAGACACUAACAUGUCAUGUCCCAAACAUCAGCACAGUUGGAUUUGAGCUCUGUGCAAUGAUUGAGACUGGGGAAACGCUUGGGCAGGGUAUGAGAAGUAUUAAGCUACCUGUCUUCUCACUUGAGCCUGGAGUAGGCUGUGUGGGCCCUCGCUUGGGAUUCUCUGCAGUUACGUGGAAGUUGUGCUGAUAGUCUAUUUUCUUGUAUCAAUUUCAGUCAGGCAGUAAAUGGUAAACAUGAGGGUGCUCUUGUGACUUAAUUUUUGUUCGAGGACUAAAUUGCUUAUGUUUAUUCCCUGUCAGCAGAGCUGAGGAUUUCUUUCAUCAAUAAACCAAAGCCAGUAGCUGGAGACUGAGAUCUGGUUGGAAGUGGUUCCUGGUUUAGAUGCUGUGCUAUCAUGAGGAGUUGUGAGAUAUUGCUGAGAAAAAAAA